GAGGGGGAUGUGAUCUUUUUGGCCCGUCCCACCUUUAUCAGUUUCUUGUUAAUGUGGGAGACAAACUGUUGAUCACCACUUGGCCCUUUUCCCCCUUCUUGGAUGCUGGUUUCCAGUGUGAGAAAGGCACAGCAUACACUUAUUGCUGAGAAAAAGGAGGAAGCUGGGCGGUCAGGUUUGGUGCGAGACGGACUCGGUAGCACUGCAGGGCUCCUCCUCCGCCAUCAAGCGCGCACCGAGGCUUCCGUUUUCCGCAACCGCCAGGCAAAGAGCACGCUCCCGUGCCGCUCGCGAAGCUGCAAGGCGCAACCAUACCUUUCGGCUUGGGAUGGAAUGCUGCGCUGAGUUACGCGAUAGCCAGAGAGAACAGCUUGCAAGACGACAGUCAGGGCCAGCCUCUUCCAUACAGAGGCUUGUGCAAAUUCAAAUGGAAAAUCAGAAAGCCACCCAAGGAAGACCUGACGAUACCCCCGUCUUAUACAUUUCUCUUUCAUCAUUGGCGGGGCUGGCUGCCGUAGGACAGGGUUGCUGGCACUGUGGAAGGCUGUAAUAAAUCGCCGAAGGUGCCCCAAGCAGGCGCGUCUCCAUAAAGAAGGUUGUUAUUGUCCUUGUUCGAUCCCGCUCUGGGGGCUGCGUCUUGGGAGCUGAGGUGAAUCAACACCACACCUGGUGGGAAAUGGAAGUCUGUCACCCUGCCGCGUGGUUGAUGACUCGGAAAUCAGGUCCACGACUGUGGAACAGAGUGGAGAAAGAUCAGAGACCCAGAGUCUCAACACCAACCAAUCCUUCGAUAUAUAUGCAGCUGCCUUGAACGUAAGAAAUGCUUCAACAUGAACGAAGUAGGCCGAUUGCAAAAGGCACAGACCACGCCCCCAGACCACGGCCGAUACCCAUCCGUUAAUCCUGGGAGGAUGAUGUAAAGGUCCAGCUCGUUUUCUCUUGUUGUCUUCUUAUUCCGGAACAGCCAGUCAGUCAGUCAGUCAGUCAGUCAGCCAGCCAGCCCCCAGGCAAUGCCCUGGCCGGACCUAAAAGAACCACGGAAACACAAACACACAGAAAGAAUGAACAGCAACUGGAAAAGCAAGAGGGGAAGGAGGGACUGGUGCUAAUUAAUAUCAAUGAAGGAGGGACUGAACCCGCGCUGGCGCAUGUAACACUCCAUGCCAGGUGCUUCCGGAGCGGCGUACAUGUGGUUGUCCAUUAUCCUAGCGAAAGCCACCGUACGCACAGAUGGAUGGAUGGGUGGAUAACUGAUAGCUCUUUCACAGUCACUUCCACGACGAGAUGAUGACAGCCAGCUACAAGACAUAAAAAGGUUACAGACACAUAACUGAGGAGGGUUCGAGAUGCUUCAAUGGGCAUAUCUCAUGAUGUUGAAAAGUGGAAGGGAUCCGCACUGUCCCACCACACUGUGUUUCUACCUAAGAAGCCUCGAAGAGCCCCGCCUAAUGUCAAAGACGAGCACACGAAUCAGCGCAUUGUGUCUGAUGUCAGCGUCGCAAACACCACUAGAGGAAAGUGCGAGACUUGGGAGGUCCACACUGUGCCAGGCAUUGGUGGCGCGGGACCAAGCAUGGUCAGGUCAGGUUUCAAUAAGAGUGGAAGGCGAAACUCGAGGCUUGGCAAAGCCGAGAUGUGAACGUACCCAAUGGCAGGGUGGGCUUUUGGCCAUUUUCCAUCUGAAGUUGCUGUGUUGUUUUUGGGACGUUGACGACGGGCGCUGCUGCGGUAUAUUCGUCAUUGGCUCUUUUGUGCAAAAGUGAAGGUGGUUCCAGCCCUGUGCUCCUGGUGCUGGUUCGGUGUUGACAUCGACAAGGUGUGGUUUGACCGAGAGUCUGCUGGAGCCAACGGGUGAAAACCUAAACAGGGUCGCCAAAGUCACCAGUCGCCCGUUCCCCUUCGCCGAAGACACCAACACUUGAGCGAAACAUUCUAGGGCAAUCAACCGUCCUUUGGCCGCGGCGAAAAAUAUACGUCCCCCUUUUCCACACCCUAUCAAAGACACUCAACCACUCGAGCACCAGUGGGCGAGAGAGUUCCCUCAGCCGAGCGUACACCCAGCACCAUUCACCACACCCAGCACACCCAGCACACACCCAAGCAGCGCAGCGCAGACACCAGCGACAAACGGGGCUUGGGCUUCCUUCCCUCGCUCCAUCUUCGCGCCAACCUGCUUUCAGUGCAAAUUCCGGCUUCCACCUUCUCCAUUCCUUCCUCACCAGCAUCAUUGAGCACCUUCGACGAGAGAGACUCGAGACUCGACACUCCAACCGCCUUGAUUUCUAUCGUGUCGUCAAUCGGUCGAAUGCUGAUACCUCCGUGACGGGGCUCCCAACGGCCAGCCAGCGCGCGAGGGCUUCGCCAAAAACCCCGACGUCAGCUAGGAAUACCACUCGCCGGUAUUCACCCAGCUCGGGACGCAACCCUUUCACUUGGUGUCAAACCUUAACCACCGACUGCCUCCACCUUCCCCGGGUCAGACACGAUACGGGACCUUCCUGCCCUCGUCCUCUCCCACACUCUUCCCAUUUUCCCAAUCCUGCCACCCUCUUUGCAGAGAGUAGCGAAGCAGGACAAUGUCGACUCCGACUACUGCAACUGCGACGCUCCCUCCCUACAGUCACAGUCACUUUCACUACCCACACCACCACCAGCAGCAUAAAUCGUUCCCACAACCAAAUACCUCUGCCUACCGCUCUACGAACCCGGUGCUUCCUCCUGCCUCCCGUCUCGUUUAUCCCUCUACCUCCGGCUACAACACUCACCCGGCGACACACGCCGUGUCAAAUGGAGCGAGUCUGAUGCCCCUGGAGCCAUCGAGACACCACCCACACGACUCAGCCGACUUGGCCUCCCAUCGCUCGGAAUCGCUCUACUCAACCAUGCCGGCAAACUCGCAGUCAAGCCGAACCCAAGUGGUGACCAACCCGCCGCCGUCGUUGUCAAAAAAGAGACAGAGAGAUGUCGAUUGGAAUGAUUUCUACAAAAAUGGCCUGCCGACCGAAAUCAUCGUCAUUGAUGACUCCCCCGAGCCGGAGGAGCCAGCAACGUCCAAGAACCUGACCAACGGACAUUCCUAUGCCAGCGGCCCGACCGAUGCUUCGGUCGCCCCUCCGGCCAAGAGGAGGAGGAAAGAGACUGAUGCGGCGCCUUACGACCCUGUUCACCAUAUCGCAUCACACACCCACACUCCUCGCCAGUAUGGGUCGCCAAGCAAAUCGACAACGUCAAGUGGCCGUACCAACUCUGCCAAUCAUACCACGGCCGCUACCUCACUUGGCUCACUUUCAUCAAACGGUCAGUAUGACCACGAGUUGCAGCAGGCGAGCCAGGGCCAGAAGCGGAAAAGAACCCGGGCGCAGACGAACAGCGAGGCGAAGCGUCGCGAGGCUCUGGUCACAGAUGCUUUUGCCAGCUACAUUCCUCCUCGGCAGCCCAUCAAGAAGUCCCGAGAUGUCCCGGUCCAGAUCAUCACUGAUCCUCCGCACAUGCAGACCUCGCGGGUCGACGAUGACGAAGGUCACUACAUUGUUGUGCCGGACAAUCCCUUGACUGAGCGAUAUCAAAUGGUCAAGCUGCUUGGACAAGGCACGUUCGGCAAAGUCGUCCAAGCCAAGGACAGGCAGCGUCCAGGGAAGUUGGUCGCCAUCAAGAUCAUUCGCUCGGUGCAAAAGUACCGCGAAGCCAGCAAGAUUGAGCUCCGAGUCCUGGAAACGCUCAAGGCCAACGACCCGGAGAAUCGCAACAGGUGCAUUCACCUCCGAGACUGCUUCGACUACCGCGGCCACAUCUGCAUCGUUAUGGACCUGUUGGGUCAGAGCGUGUUCGACUUUCUUAAGAGCAAUAAUUUCGUUCCCUUUCCCAACAGCCAGAUUCAGAGCUUCGCCCGCCAGCUGUUUACCAGCGUAGCCUUCUUGCAUGAUCUCAACUUGAUCCACACGGAUUUGAAGCCCGAGAAUAUCUUGCUUUGUCAUAACGAGUACCAGACGUUCACGUACAACCGCAAGAUUCCAUCCUCGAGCAGCAAUGUUGCCCGCCAGGCCACACAAAGAAGAGUAUUGUUGGACACCGAGAUCCGGUUGAUUGACUUUGGGUCUGCAACAUUUCAGGACGAAUAUCACUCGUCCGUUGUGUCAACUCGGCAUUACCGUGCACCCGAAAUCAUUCUUGGUCUUGGCUGGUCUUUCCCCUGCGACAUUUGGAGCAUUGGAUGCAUUCUCGUCGAGUUCUUCACCGGAGAUGCCCUUUUCCAGACACACGAUAACCUCGAGCAUCUGGCCAUGAUGCAGGCGGUGGUGGACGCCAAUAUCGACACUCACCUUGUCCAGUCUGUUAACCGCCAGCCACGCAAUGGCACCAACCCAGCAUCCAGGUACUUCAAGCGGAACAAGCUUGAUUACCCGACAGCAGAUACCACAAGACAGUCGAAGAGAUUUGUCAGAGCAAUGAAGACACUUCCGGAGAUCAUUCCGCCGAACAACAAGUUCCUGAAAGAGUUCUUGGCCCUUUUACAAAAGAUCUUUGUCUAUGAUCCGGCCAAACGGAUAACGGCCAAGGAGGCUCUUAGCCAUCCCUGGUUCCAGGAACACGCUUACCCCGACGACGGAACCGAGGCUGCUCGCAUUCGCGCCGAAAAGCAGAGACUCAACGAACUCUCGGCCAUUGCGCCAUGAUGAGCAGAACGUAGGCAGCCACCCACGCUGCGCCGGAGAAGCUUUAAGCAAUUUGUCGCUGGACGUCGACAUGAAAGAAACGAAGAAGGUCACGACAAGUGAUGGGCAGUCUAGGUGAUAAUUUCAGCGUCCGAGGCGAGCAUCUCGUGUCAAACCGGGGCACAUACAGCAUACAUCAGCAAGUGCCAUGGCUCGGUGUAUCGUCAUCCACGGUUAUGGGUUUUUGGUCCGCAUUUACUGUGCGGUGGUGAUUGCACACCUUUUGGUCUGCAAAUGAGAUAUGAAGACUGGUGUUGGGGGUGGGAGGGUUUUUGGGGGAGUCGUAGGCUGGUUCAUUUUGGCAUGGUUUUAUUGGCCUUUCUUUUCUGGGAUGUGUGGUAUAAUGUGUGUUGAGGUUCGGGAGGGACUGGAGUGCUGCUCGGAUCUCAUAGAGGGAACUUGUUUCACGGGUGUUCAUGGGGUGCCUGCAACAUCAUAGUGGCUGGCGACAGAUGAAGGCUUGCCCGCUCGCUCUGCUUGAAAUGGUGAUUUCAUAUCGGUGCUGUCGUCCCCCGCAGUGCAACACGGUCAGAAAGGCUUGAUUGGUUUUGGUUCAUUUCACACAAAGUAUACCCUCGACUAUGCACCGGCGGUCGUUAUGGAUGUAUCUAGGAUCUGAUGGAGGUUUUAAAUGUGCGUUGCUCCCGCUCUCACCUCUGUUGGUGUUUUGUGAUUCAGUCUUUGCUAACAUCAUGGAGCUUUUAGCGUUAUUCGGCAUCUUACUACAUACGUUGCUUCAACCCAUAAGCGUGCGAUUCACCAACGAUAUGAUAUCUAUCAUAUACAACUGCCACGCCUGAAGGGUUGGUCGGGAAUAAUGGGCAAGGCAACAGCAACAUGGAUGGGUGUCUUGUUGGGUGGCUAUAUAGGUAGCAGACAAAUGUUUUAUUGGGGUGGUUGUUGUGUGUGUGUGUGUGUGUGUGUGUGUGUGUGUGUGUGUGUGUGUGUAUUGUUGUCAGUGUGUGUCUGGAAUAAAGACAGAAGAAAGAGGACUAUGGACUGGGUUCCUUUGUGAAGAUAAGGG